AGGCCAAUUGUUCUGUACUAAGAGGCUGUUCUGCUGUGACAACAUAACCCAGGCUGCUCUUCCGUGGGUUAAAAACACACAGCCCUGAAUCCUCUCUCAACCAGUGUUUGCAGACCUCCUCCCUCUGUUCACGCGGCACUAAACAGGUACGGCCGAUGACGUCAGCAAGGUGACACCCACCUCUCUUCCUCUGCUCCGGUGUGUGGCGACGCGGCUUCAGUCCAGUUCCCGGUGACGGAAACUUUUUUUUUUUUUCCAAACACUUCCAUUUCUUGUGCCUCUGUGACAAUGAGGAUUUCUUCCUCGACCUGACGGACUUUAACUUUUAUCACGUCCAGUGCGUGAACCCCGGAGGACCUCAAACGUAAGACAGCGCUUGAAAAUACUUUGUAUAUGAGAGAUGACGGUGUGUUAAUAACGAAGCCUGCGUUAAAAGCACAGGGAGCUGAACUGAAGGCGCUGAGUGCUCAGUCAUAUUCUGGGCUGCAGCUCCGCUUUCACAGGCUGACGUUACUUUGAAGAGACGCUCGAGUAUCUAUAGGACAACAGGAGGUGUAGUAUCAUCCCUCUGUCCAUGAUGUCCUCCAGAGGUAAAAAUGACUUGUGCCGAAUAUGUGGCGGUGCUCUGCAGGGGAACCAGAGACGGUGGCUGUUUGGGGGUCAAAAUAAGAAGGCUGGUCAGCCUCUGACCCCGACAGAGUCCCUGAGAGGAAGGAGCCUGUCCCGGUCCUCUCAGAGCAGCCCCUGGGGCAGCACAAUGUCUCUUGGUUCCUCAGUGUCUCUCUCCAAGUCCCAGUUAUCCCUGAGCUCCCCGUCCAAAGGAAUGGAUCUGCUCUCAGUGUUGACCCACAUACUGGGGCAGUCUGUGCCACGGGGCAGCGGGCAGGGGGAGUUUGUGUGUGGCAAGUGCGUAUGUGCCCUCGAGCGGGUGUUCAAGUUCGACUCGGUGAUAGCCAGGGUGAAGGUGCUCUCGUCUGAGAGGCUUCAGAAGCUGUCGCAGGAGAGGGACAAGAUCCGACAGUGGGUGCGGCAAAACUACCACCAUAGACACCCACGGGACUUGCAGAGCAGGGGUAGCACCAGCGAGGAGGAUGGAGAGGCGGAUAAGGAGGGCUACAGGGAGAUGCUCAAGGAGAAUAUGGCACUCUCAGAGUACGAGUGCUGGUCCGAGAAGUGGGACAUGUGUCCGUAUUUUACAAAAACAGGCAAAAGAUGCAGCAAGGGCAAAGGAUGUGAAGGCUGUGAUUCCUUACGGGUGUCCGAUUCGGAUUAUGAGUACAUUUGUGGGGUUCCCCGCCGCUUGCCUUUCCAACCCUUCUCCCCGUUGGCAGGGUCGCGGGACAAAUCCCAGAGCAUGCCGCUCCACUGGCAGAGGGUGCCAUCCAUCUGCUCCAGCCCGGCUUCACUAUCGGGAUCCAUUCUCUCUUUACGAGCGUCUUCCCGCACUGAGUCCAUUCAGUCCCUGGACUCUCUCGAUGGCAAUGACCCGUUUGACUCACCAGGUGAUCAGUCAGUCAACUUCAUGCUGAAGGAGCUCAGAAGCAUCGAGGGGAAGCCAGUCAGUUCACCAUCAGGGAGCAGGAUCCCAGUUCUGGACAAGAAGGACAGGAGGUACUCUGGAAAAAGCGGAGAGAUGGUGUCGCUCACAGUGAACAGAUUGCUGAACUUUGGGGAUUUGGAGAACGGAGUGGAUGAAAUGAACGAAGAGGAGGGGGAUGUCCUGACAGAGCUGAGGGACGAGUUCGUGCCUCUUCAUCGACAGAGCACUACAGGCAGGGUUCACCACGCUGUCAAGCACCUGCGAGGCCAGCUGGACCAAGCUGUGUCCCGUAUCCGGACCCUGGAGGCUGAGCUGAAACACGGAAGGAGCGAACCAACUGAAGUCAACGGAUCAGACUGGGCACCUCUGGACCAGGAGGAGGAGGGUGGCAGUUUCCUGCUGCAGAGCCUCGGUCACUCUCUGCACAGCCGGGAGCGUCUGAUCCAGGAGUGUAUGGGUCUGAUCAGAAGACUGUGUCUGGAGGAGGGUGCAGGUACUGAGCUGGCCAACAAGCUGACCGAGAAACUGUCCGAGAACCUGAAGGAAAUUCUCUCUGACAACAAGGCUGCGCUGAAGACUUUCAGGUCUGAAAUGACUGAGCAAGAGAAGAGCAUGGAGAACGAGAUCGAGGCGCUGAGGAAGGCCGGAAGAGACCGAGAGAGAGACCUUGACACACUCAACAGUGUGCUGCAGUGCAACCAGGAUAUUAUCAAUGACCUACGGGUGGCUCUGGGGGAGAAGGAGCAGCUGCUGAAGGAGGGGGAGAAAGAGAGAGAGGUGUGGAGGCAAAGGGACCGGGCCCUUGCUGCUGUCCUGCAGGAGAAGGAAGCUGUGAUCCACUGCCUCAAAGAGGGGCUGGAGAUCCGUCACAAAGAUGUGCAGGCUCUCUCUGACUCUGUGACUGGUUGGGGGAUGGCAGGGGGUGGAGCUGGGCAAGCGGCCUUGUUGAAAGACACAGAGGGAAACGGCGCCGCCUUGUGCCAGGAGAUCACCAAACUCACCACAGCCCUGCAGGAAUGCCAGGACAUGGUGCAGAAGCAGCAGGAGACUCACAGUCAGACAGUGUCUUCUCUGACCGGUCAACUCAGAGACACUCGGCGGGAGCUGAGGGAGAGAGAGAAGGGGAAGAAGGAGGCGGACAGAGCCUGGCAGAACAUCAGAGAGGACAGAGCGAGAGAGGAGAGGAAACUGAGGGACAGUCUGGAGAAGAGAGACAAACUCAUAGAGCAAAUCCUGUUGGAUGCUGAGGAGCGGGACCAUCUGUUCAGAGAGCUGCAGCAGAACCUGCAGAACAAACGUGAACCUGUGACGGCCGUCAAACACACACUGUGAGACGGGGGGAGAACGCCCCGUAAUGACAAAGACGCAAACUAACAGCACAAAGUUGGAGGAGUACUUAGCACUUUCUGCACCACCUUUUUGCCUCUUCAACAUAUUUAUCGUGGUGUACAUGAAGUCUAUUUAUAUUUAUCUCUCCAGUUUUUUUUUUUAUUGAGGUUUGCACUGGCAGACCCACCUUGCUCUGCCAUGGCCCAAGGAAGAGUUUAAUUUCCCAUGAUUACUAGCUGGAGAGUCAGACACAGCCUGAUUGUUUUCAGUGUGGAGAGAUGUCAGGUGUAGCUUCUCACAGCUGGAUGAUUCAUACUUGAUUUAAAGACCACCAGAUUACUGUAUCUAGUUAUUUUUAAUGUAAUGGGUCUAAUGGUAAGGCAGAUUUCAAUUCAUGCAGUGAGACUGUUGCUGGUACGUUUCUGAAUGGUGUGAUUGUUAGUGGAUCUGAGUCAGUCUCAUUAAGUUCUUUCAGAGAGGGGGUGAGGGGAUGAUGUUGUUUUAAAUCUGAAUGUGCCCCCCUUUAUUCUGUGAAGCUCUUUGCAUUGGUGUCUUGUGUUUGUCUUUGUACUUUCUCAGUGGAGAUCUGCCAAUUUUUUUGUUUACAGUGGUAGAUUGGUGCUUGUGGAGGGGAAUACUUAGGACCAAAAUAAUAUUUUUAACCAGUUUCAUUUUCUGCUUUUAUAUAUGUCACAUUUUUUAUUUUCUUUUGGUACUUUUCUCAAUCAUCUUCAAUGUUUACAUGUCUUGUAUUGUUAACCUGGGACGUAUGCAUUAUCUUUCUUUUAGCUCAAGAGAAUUAAACACUCUGA